AUGGCGGAAGAAACGAUAUAUUUGUGUAACUUUCGUGUUUCCGUGGACGGGGAUUGGCUUUGUCUUAAAGAAUUAAGUGAUGUACAGUUGCAGAUGCAGGAAUCUUUUGAAGAUGAAAGAGAUCCACAGACUAUAGAGAGAAGUAACCUAUUGAAUGUAUGUAAACUGAUCAUCAAAGAAUUAAUAGACUCAUCUCUAGCUCAUGGUCGUAUGUUAGACAAUGAACAUGUACCAUUACAACAGUUCUUUAUUGUCUUGGAACAUGUACUUAGACAUGGCAUUAAACCUAAGAAAGGUAUUUUACGUGAUAAACAUGAAUUCUGGGCAGUUUUAGAGAAAAUAGAAAAGAUCGCCCCAGAAGCAGGGGAGAUAACGACUAGUGUGAGAGAGAUGUCUGAUAUAAAAUCACCAUUGGGAAGAGCUAGAUGUUGGAUCAGAUUAGCCUUAAUGCAGAAGAAAUUAGCUGAUUAUUUUAAAUUAAUUAUUGAACAAAAAGAUCAAAUACUCAGUGAGUUUUAUGAAAAUGGAGCGUUUUUAAUGGAAGAAGAAGGAAUGGUAUUAGCUGGGUUAUUAGUAGGAUUAAAUGUUAUUGAUUGUAAUAUGUGUAUAAAGGGUGAAGAUUUAGAUCAACCAAUGGGUGUAAUAGAUUUCAGUUUAUAUUUAAAAGGGAAUUUUAAUAAUUCAGCUGAUGAUGAGGAAACAGUUGAUGGUAAUGCCAGAAUGGCCACCAUCUUGGAUCAAAAAAAUUAUUUAGAAGAAUUAAACAGACAUCUCAAUGCAACUGUGGCUAACUUACAGCAAAAACUUGAAACGUUUCAGACUACAAAUGCUUUAAUGAAAGAAGAUUUAGCCAUUGCCAAAAACCAAAUAUUGAUGUUACAAGAACAGAAUGAUGCUUUAGAGGAACAAAAUAAAGGCUUAUUGAAUAAUUAUGAUAAACAGAUAGAGGUUUGUGUAAUAAAAAGACAGCGGAAUUUUUUAUUUUCAUGUUAA